CAAUUUAACAGAUGUUAUAUAGCACUGUCAGAAGCAGCAGCUGAAGCAAACAGACGUCAUCCGAGCGUUUAUUCUAAUUUAAGGCACAAAUUCUGAUUUGUCAAGCUUGAACCAUGCGUGUAUCAUCGAUCCUGAACGGCGCCCAUUUCGGCAACCUCGCCAAGGUUCACGGCAUUGUCACCUACAAACUGUCGCCCUUCGAGCAGCGCGCCUUUGCCGGUGCGAUCAGCCAUGGUGUACCCAACUUUAUGCGCCGCAUCCGCUCUAACAUCUUCCGUGUGCUGCCACCCUUCAUUGUGGGCUAUUUGAUCUUCGACUUGACCGAACGCAAGCACACAGCUUUGCUGCGUAAGAAUCCUGCUGAUUAUGAGAAUGACGAAUAAACGAACUGUCCUAGUUAGCGAAUAGUGAUGUUAAGCUAAAUAAUAAAACAAAACCCACAGUUCAUGAGAUGCUA